AGAUACGAAGAUAACAAAAAAAAUUGUGAUCUGAUGAACAAAUGAUUUGUUACAAAUCUAGAUCAUUUCAAAUCAAUAAUAUUUGCGAUAGUAAAAAUAUUCUAUUUGUGCGUUAAAUAUCUAUUUGAAAUUAUAUAUUGAGUGGGUGUAUAAAAUUGGACACAAUAAACUGAAUUUAAUAUUCUAACCAAUCAUCAAAAAAGUGCUCAAUUCACAUAUCAAUUACAAUUGUUAAAAUAAAUAACAGAAGAAUAUUGUUUAUGUUAUUUUUUUGAUUGGACGGUUAGAUUUUCGAUAAGAUCAAUCACCUAAAACAGUUGACAAAUACAAGAAGUGAGGAAUAGUUUUUCUUUUGACGUAUAAAAAGAUCUAAAACUGGAUUUGGGAUAUUACGAAGGUGUGAGAACCGGACAACAUUAUGAGCCGGGCGGAUUCUCAUCAAGGAACAUGCAGCAAAAUAACUCAAAUAUGACACAGCGUGAAGGCAUUCAUAAGUUUGAGAAUGAACGCAUCAAAACUCUUCAGGAAGAACGCCUACAUAUUCAGAAAAAGACCUUUACCAAAUGGAUGAACUCGUUUUUGGCCAAAGCCAAAAUGGAGGUCGAUGAUUUAUUCAUUGAUUUGGCUGAUGGCAUAAAACUUCUCAAGUUAUUAGAAAUAAUAUCUGGUGAAAAACUUGGAAAACCUAAUAAUGGUCGGAUGCGUGUACAUAAGAUAGAAAAUGUUAAUAAAAGUUUAGCAUUUUUGCAUACAAAGGUUCGAUUAGAAUCGAUUGGUGCUGAGGACAUUGUUGAUGGAAACCCUCGUUUAAUACUUGGCCUAAUAUGGACUAUAAUUUUACGUUUCCAAAUUCAAGAAAUCGAAAUCGAUGUGGAUGAGGAUAAUGAGUCUUCGACCGAAAAAAGACGAGCUAAAGACGCAUUGCUCCUGUGGUGUCAGCGAAAAACAUAUGGUUAUCAAGGCGUUUCCAUUCAUGAUUUCACGAGUUCAUGGCGUUCUGGUCUUGGUUUUAAUGCUCUUAUUCAUUCACAUCGUCCUGAUUUAUUCGAUUAUUCAAAAUUGACCCCAGGCAGAAAUAUUGAUAAUUUAAAUCAUGCAUUUAAUAUUGCCAAUGAUGAACUUGGAAUUAACCGGUUACUUGACGCUGAAGAUGUUGAUACUGCACGACCAGAUGAAAAGUCCAUAUUAACUUACGUUGCUUCAUAUUAUCAUACAUUUGCUCGAAUGAAAAAUGAGCAGAAGAGUGGGAAACGAAUAGCAAAUAUUGUUGGUAAGCUAAUGGAUGCAGACCGACGUAAAGCACUUUAUGAACGAUUAACCACAAAUUUGCUGAGCUGGAUCCGACAAACAACAACCGAACUUGAAAAAAGGGACUUUCCGAAUUCUUUAGAGGGGAUUCAAAAGCAGUUACUAUCAUUCAAACAAUAUCGUACCAUUGAAAAACCACCAAAAUACAAGGAACGAAGCGAAAUUGAAGCAUUGUACUUCACUAUAAAUACACUAUUGAAAACUUUACAUCAACCACAUUAUACACCUCAAGAUGGCCAACUUAUAAAUGACAUUGAGAAAGCGUGGCAAGGACUUGAAAAUGCUGAACAUCAUCGUGAAAUUGCAUUACGUGAUGAGCUACUCAGACAAGAGCGUUUAGAGCAACUUAACUACAAAUUCGAAAAAAAAUCUAUACUUCGAGAGGGUUACCUCAAAGAAAUGAUUCAGGUUCUUGAGGAUCGUCGUUAUGGUGCUUCCUUUGCUCAAGUUGAUGCAACUGUAAAAAAACAUGAAGCAAUAUCAGCUGAUAUUUUGGCUCGUGUUGAACGUUUUAAUGAUUUGACAGCAAUGGCGCAUGAACUUGAAAAUGAAAACUACCAUGGGAAAGAUCGAGUUAGAAAACGCGAAUCUGAAGUUUUGGAGAAAUGGCGAAAACUAUUGGAAUUGCUGGAAAAUCAUAAGAAUAAUUUAAGCCAUAUGAGCAACCUUAUGAGUUUGUUGCGCGAAAUUGAUGCAACAUUGAUAAGCAUAUACGAACUUAAGACACAAUUUGAAUCCGAAGAUGUUACACCGCACUUAUUGGGUGUUGAGGAAUAUUUACAAAAUUUUGCGCUUCAAGAACUACAAGUGAAUUCCUUGGGUGAAACACAAAGGCGAUUUAUUCGUCAGGGACAGGCUAUCAAACAUAAUAAUCAAAAAGAUUUAAAAUUGUUGGAGAAGAGUUUAAGUGAAUUAGAUAAAUCUUAUUUGGAUUUACAAAAUGCAUGUGCGCAACGUCGGAAUCGAUUGGAGGAAGCGCGUAACUUUUAUUUGUUCCUUGAAGAUUAUGAUAAUGAAGUUGGAUGGCUAGUUGAAAAACAACGUAUAUGCAAAACUGGUGUAUCGGCUAAAGAUUUAAGAGCAGUUGUAUCUUUACAACAGAAGCACAAAGCUCUUGAGGAUGAGAUUAAAACAAGAAAACCAAAAUCUAGACAAAUGAUAGACGCGGGACAAAAAUUGAUAAACGAAAAUCAUUUACGGCAUUCUGAAAUCAAAAAUCGCGUUGAAUCAUUACAAGAACAUUGGAAAUCACUUCAAGAUUUACUUGAUUUACGAAGAAGACAGUUGGAAGAUGCAUUUGAAGCUUAUAUUUAUCAUACCGACGCCAAUGAAGCGGAGAGUUGGUUAAAUGAAAAAAUUACAUUGCUUGAAUCAAAGGAUUGUGGAGAUUCCGAACCAUCUUCCAGUGCUCUACUAUCAAGGCAUCGUGAUCUACAAGGUGAAUUGAAUGCCUAUAUGGGAGAUAUUCUUAAUCUGAAUCAACAAGCCGAUAAGCUGAUUAAAGCUGGAAUAUGUACGUUGGAUUUACAAACCGUUGAAAAUGAACCAACGCUUGAUGUUGAGCAAGAGGAAUGGGUAAACGAAACUCGCUUAGUACAAAAAGAAGUUUAUGAAGAGGAACCUGUUGAAAAAGUUGAACAUCGAAUGGUUACUGAAAAUAAGAUUUUACCUCAUAUUCGUGCUACCUAUGCAUUUGAUGGACAAGGGAUGACAAUGAGUAAAGGUGAAAUCAUGAUCUUGCUCAAUAAGACGAACGAAGAUUGGUGGUCAGUACGAAAAAUGGAUGGAGCGGAGGGAUUUGUUCCGGCGAAUUAUGUUAAAGAAAUAGAACCUCGUCCGGUGCCAUGCUUAGUGCCCAAAACAGAAAAAAUACGUACAAUUCAAAAAGUCAAAAAAACUAUUCUCGUACGUCAAGUUGUUCCAGUUAAACGAAUAAAACCGACAAAAGUGUCCCAGGUUCGACCAUUAGUGAAGCGUCGUUCCGCGAAUGAAGCAAAUGAUAGCAGUGAUAGUGUUGAAAAAAGACAAAAAAGAAUCAACACUACAUAUGAUCAGUUACAAUUACUUGCACAAAAGAGAUAUGCUCUUCUUGAAGAUUCAAUAUGUUUAUUUGGAUUUUAUCGUGAAUGUGAUGAUUUUGAAAAAUGGAUAAAAGAUAAAGAAAAAAUGCUCCAAAGUGAGGAGCUGGAUGAUAAAGACGUUGAAACGUCUAAACGUAAAUUUGAAAAGUUUUUAACUGACUUAUCUGCAUCAUCCAAACGAAUUGAAGCAAUAGAUGGAGCAGUCGAAGAUUUUAUACGCCAAGGUCAUUCACAAUUGGAUAAAGUAAAAUACCGUCAACGUCAAAUUCAGCAACAAUGGAACAAUUUAAAUAAUUUAAAAGCACAGAGAGAAAAGAACCUUGAAGGAGCAUCUAGUGUUGAACUUUUUAAUCGAACUUGUGACGAAGCAAUUGAUUGGAUGCAUGAAAAAAUGAGCCAGCUUGAUAUUGCUGAUGUUGGUCCAGACCUCAAAACUAUACAAGCAUUACAACGGCGUCACCAACAUUUAGAAAGAGAGCUGGCACCACUCGAAGAAAAAAUUACUCGAGUUAAUUUGCUAGGUAACAGUGUGAAGAACUCAUAUCCACACGAACAAUCUAAUGUGACAAAUCGUCAAAAAGAAAUUAAAGAAAUGUGGAAAAAAACACAGGAUAAAGCAAUUGGCCGACGUUCUCGUUUGGAGAGUGCAGUUGGUCAACAAAUUUUCAUGAACAGUUCUAAAAACUUACUCGGUUGGAUCGAUUUUAUGAAAGAUACUUUGGAGUCUAAUGAAAGUGCUCGCGAUGUUGAGACAGCUGAAAAUCUCCUCAAAAAGCACAAUGAACUUGGGGACGAAAUUAAAGGUCAAAAUGAUGAGUUCAAAGAAGUUAUUGCGCUCGGUAAGCAACUAGAACAGCGCAAUCCAAACUUAAGUGACGUAUCUGUUUUAAUAAAACAAUUGGAAAAUGAAAAUGAAAAUAUUUAUAGCAAAUGGGUUGAAAAACAAAAAUGCUUGCAACAGGGUGUUGAAUUACAAGUGUUUAAUCGUGAAGCGGAUAAAAUUGACGCUACAACCAAAAGCCAUGAAGCAUUUUUAGAGUACACCGAUCUGGGAAACUCUCUUGAUGACGUUGAGGCAAUCAUAAAAAGACACAAUGAUUUUGAAAAUACACUUGGUGCACAGAAUAAAAUACUGAAGGUAUUUUCUGACAAUGCAGACAAACUAAUAGAAAAUGGACAUUAUAAUGCAGACUACAUUAAUAAGCGAAGAAUUGAAGUUAUGAUGCGUCGUAAUAAUGUGAAAGAAUCAGCACAAAAGCGUAAAGCAAAUUUACAAGCAUCGAAGGAUUAUGAGAAAUUCAGAGCGGAAUCAGGCGACUUAAAUACUUGGCUUGAUGAUAAAAUGAAGGUAGCAAGCGAUGAAAAUUAUCGCGACCUAAGCAAUUUACCAAGAAAACUUCAAAAGCAUAAAGCUUUUGAGCGAGAAUUGAGAGCGAAUGAAGGUCAAUUACGAAACAUAAUCAAGGACGCUGAAAAUCUAAUUUUAGUAAACAAUCGAGUACCAGACGUGAAAAAAACAUGCGCAGAAUUAAAUUCAAAAUGGAAAAAGUUGCUGGGCUCAUCUCAAGAUAAGGGAAAACGCUUGCAACAAGCAGUGUCACAGCGUGAUCAUAAUCGUUGUAUUGAGGAUGCUAAGAAGAAAUUGCAGGAGUUUGAAAGUGCACUUUUAAGCAAAGAUGUGGGACAUGAUUUACGUAGUUGUAAAGAAUUUUUAAAUCGACAGCAGAUGCUGGAAUCGGAAAUAUAUUUGUGGCAGCAAAAAAUUGAUGAGCUUGUAACUUGUGGAGAAGAAAUGGCACACGAAGGUCAUUUUGACUCGAAUAAUAUCAAAAAUGAAACAAAAGAAAUUCAAGAAGAAUUCAAGAAACUUGUACAACCUAUUAAAAAUAGGAGGGGAAUUUUGGAAGAGAAUCUUAAAUUCCAUAAUUUUGUUUUUGAACUUGACGCUGAAAUUCAAUGGAUCAAUGAACAUUUGCCUGCUGUUAUGUCAACAGAAAUGGGACAAAAUUUACACCAAACUCAGAAUUUACACAAAAAACAUAGAAAAUUACAAGCCGAAAUCACAGGUCAUGAACCAACUGUAAAAAGAACAUUAAAAUCUGGUCAAGCAUUAAUUGAACAAGAUCACCCAGAUGGCGAAAAAGUUGAAGAAUUAUGUGAAAUUGUUGAAAGCGCUUGGAAUGAUUUGGUGGAGAAAUCAAAUGAAAAGAGUGGAAAAUUAGAUUUGUCCUUAAAAGCCCAACAGUAUUUAUCCGAAGCCGGUGAAAUUGAAACAUGGCUUGGUGAACGAACAAAUGUUCUGAAAUCAAGCGAUUUUGGACGUGAUCGCGAUUCUGCUACCAAACUUUUAACUAAGCACAAAGGUAUUGAGCUUGAGCUAGAUACAUAUUCUGGAAUCAUAUCAGAAAUGGGACAUUCCGUUGCUAGUAUGAUUGCUUCUAAACAUCCUGACAGCAAAUUAAUUGCAUCUAAGCAACAAAUGAUCGAAAAAAUGUUCAAGUCACUGCAACGACUUAGUCAACAGAGACAAAUACGAUUGAUGGAAAGUAUGUAUCGCCACGAAUAUUUUGCUGAAUGCGCCGAACUAAUUGAAUGGAUCAAAGAAUUGGAGCAAGCAGCAUCCUCUGAAGAUUAUGGACAAGAUUAUGAGCAUUUACUGUUAUUACAGAACAAAUUUGAUGAUCUUAAACACAGAGUUGAAAGUGGAGCUGAACGUUUUAAUCAGUGUAGUGAAUUUGCCAAGAAGCUUCUAGCAUCUGAAUCACCAUAUGUUUCAGAUAUUGAAAAAAGUCAAGAUCAGUUGAGUUCCUAUUGGCAAAACUUACUAAAAUUAUUGGCGCUACGUGAACAGAAAUUACAAGGAGCCGGUGAAAUACACCGUUUUUACCGCGACGUAACAGAAGCAAUGUUUAGAAUUCAAGAUAAAAAUGCUGCUAUUUCAACGGAGAUGGGAAAAGAUCUAAAUUCUGCAUUAGCGCUAUUGAGAAAACAUGAAGGUUUCGAAAAUGAUCUUGUUGCACUUGAAGCUCAAUUACAGGUUUUAGUCGAAGAUUCUGCUCGAUUACAAAAUAAAUAUCUAACAAAUACAUCAGCUAUACGGCAGCAACAGGAAAAUGUAAUGAAAGCAUGGGAAAAGCUUAGAGAACGAUCGGCUCUUCGAAGCGAUCAAUUGGCGGCUAGUUGUGACUUGCAAACAUUUUUGACAGAAGUUAGAGAUUUGAUGUUGUGGGCUUCAAAUUUGCGAGCCACAUUACAAGCAGAAGAAAAUGUCCGGGACGCUGCUGGAGCAACAGCAUUGAAAAUACAACAUGAUGCCAUUUAUAAUGAAAUUGAAGCAAGAGAGGAGAAAUUCCGAUACCUUAGUGAACUGAGUGAUUCAAUGGUACAAACUGGUCACUAUGCUGCCGCUGAAGUCGAGGAACGUUGUUCAGCUCUUCUUGAUGAACGUAGUAAAUUACAUACAGCUUGGAACAAAAAGAAAGUUUUACUCGAACAAAAAAUUGAUUUAUACUGCUUCCUUAGAGAUGCAAAACAAAUUGAUAGUUUAUGCAGUUCACAAGAAGCAGCGAUGAAUUGUUCAAACUUAAGUCAAACUGUUGAAGCAGUACAAGAUCAAAUAAAACGACAUGAUGCAUUUGAAAAAUUAAUUCAAACACAAGAAGAAAAAGUUGCAUUACUUCAAGAACAUGGAAGAAAAUUACUUGAACAAAACCAUUAUGAUUCUGGACGUAUCGGAAAGAGAUUACAUGAAGUUCUUGAACGACGACAAAAGGUGAAACGUUUAUGUUCUACACAACGACAAAAAUUAGACGAUGCAUUACUUUAUGCUCAAUUUGUGCGGGACUGCGCUGAAGCUCAACUUUGGAUAUCUGAAAAACAUAAAAAACUUGGUGUUGACAGUGACGUUAACCUUGAUACUGAUUUACUUGAAGAUAAAAUAAAAAAAUUACAAAAACAUCAAGCAUUACAGGCUGAAGUAGCUGUCAAUCAAGAAAGAAUUAUUGAUAUUAAAAAAACGGGUGAAAUUUUAAUCAAUAAAAAUCAUGAAAAUGUGGUAGAAAUAAAAGAAGUGAUAAGCAAAGUUUUGGCAGCAUGGCGUGAACUGCUGAAAGAGUUGGAUCAAAGAGGUCGGGGCUUAGAAGAGGCACAAGAUAUUCUUGAAUUCAACAAUCAAUUGGAUAAGAUUGAAGCAUGGAUACGGGACAAAGAGCUAAUGGUUAAUGCAAAGGAUAGUGGAAAAGACUUGGAACAUUGCACACAGCUAAUUCGUAAAUUGGAUGACGUCGACUCUGAUAUGCGUGUUGAUGAUCAACGUAUUAAAACUAUAAAUACGCUGGCAGAUAAGCUUAUGAAUCAAGAACAAGCACCGAAUGCUUUGAAAUCAGUUCAACAGAGGCGAAACAAUUUUAAUUCAAAAUGGCGAGCUCUUCAAGGGGCUUUAAUCUCCUAUAAAGCAUUACUGACCGGCGCAUAUGAAAUACACGCUUUUAAUCGUGAUAUAGCCGACACCUUAGAACGAAUUGCUGAAAAGUAUAUUGUUUUAAAUUCAGACGAUCGUGGUAGAGAUUUGGCGCAGGUUCAAACAUUGUUACGUAAACAAGAAGCACUCGAACGAGAUAUGUCCGCUAUUCAUUCAAAACUAAUGGACGAUGAAAAACAAGCAAACAAUCUGAAGGAAAAAUAUCCAGAAAAAGUUGACGACAUAAACAAAAAGUUGGACGAAGUAAAGAAAGCUUGGAAGAAUUUGAAAAACACUAGUGUGAAACGAAAACAAAUUUUAAGUGAUGCAUAUAAAUUACAUAAAUUAGUUUCGGACGUCAAAGAAAUAGAACAAUGGGCCAACGAUAUAAUCAAAAAAAUGUAUGCUGCACCUACGCCCACAACAAUAAGUGAAUCUGAAACACAGUUAGAAUUACAUCAAGAAAGAAAAGCUGAAAUCGAUGGACGAGAUGAAAUGUUCAAAUUAUUACAAAAUCGCGGAGAAGAGUUGAAAAUAAAUAAAGAUUCAAUCGCAGCGGACGUAUCAAAUACUUUGAAACUUUUGGUUGAUAUGAAAAGCAACGUACAAAAGGAAUGGCAUUUAAAACAUGAACAGUUGAGGGAAGCCCACGAGCUACAACAGGUGAAUCAUCAAACCGAUCAAAUUGAAAUAUGGUUGAGCAAUAAAGAAGCAUUCUUGAAUAAUGAUGAUCUGGGCGAUACACCUUCUGCCGUUGAUGCUUUGAUUAAAAAGCACGAAGCGUUCGAAAAACUUCUUAAAUCCGACAAUGUAAAACAAUUAGAAGAAUUUGCAAGGAAAACUAUCGAUAAAUAUCCAAAUCAAAAAAAUACAAUCGAAUUACAUUUGAAUAAAGUAUUGGCGCGAAAACAAAGUCUCUUAAAUCAGUCUGAGAAUCGCAAGAAUAAAUUACAAGAAUCAUUUCAACUUCAACAACUUUUAAGAAGUUUAUAUGAAGUUGAAAGAUGGUUAAGUCAAAAACUACAAAUAUCUUUGGAUGAUCGAGAUUAUCGAGAACCAAGUAAUUUACAAGGAAAAAUUCAGAAAUAUGCCGUUUUUUACUCUGAAUUGAAUGCAAAUACAAGCCGUGUUGAAGCUGCAAUCGCAGAAGGUGUAAGUUUAGUCGAUAAUAAACACUUUGCAUCUAAAGAAAUAAUUUCACAAUUAGAGCUACUAGAAAAUGAUUGGCAAAAGUUACAAGAGUCCUCACGAAAUAAAAAAGAACGCUUAGCAGAGGCUUAUGAAGCAUUGAUUUUCAAUAGAAGUUUAGAUGAAUUUAAUCGAUGGAUGGAUGAAGUUGAGUUACAUUUAUCAUCAGAGGACUAUGGAAAAGAUUUGGCUUCGGUGAACAAUUUACUUAAAAAACAUGAACUUCUUGAGGCAGAUGUAAAUCGCCAUUCCGAAAUGUGCGAUUCUAUUACUGAAACUGAUACCAAAUUCUUCAACUCCAAUCACUUUAUGAAAGAUGAGAUUCAUGAAAAGGCUAUGAUGGCCAUGAAGCGUUAUCAUUCAUUACAUGAACCAAUGACUAUACGUCGUGACAAUUUGGAAGAUUCCCUCCAUUUGCACCAUUUCUUCCGUGAUGCAGAGGAUGAACUUCAAUGGCUUAACGAAAAAGAAGUGCUAGCUUCUUCUAAAGAUUUAGGAACUAGUCUGUCUUCUGUCCAAAGCUUACAAAAAAAACAUCAAGCUCUUGAAUCCGAAAUUUUAUCACAAGAACCAUUAAUUUCAUCUUUAAUACAGCGCGGGCAGCAAAUGAUCCGAGAUGGUCAUUUUGCUUGUGAAGAUAUUGAAACACUCUCGAAUUUGCUUCAAAACAAGCUUACAAAUCUGCGCGAUUUAACUAGUAUCCGAAGACUCCGUUUAUUGGAUGCUGUUGAAAGUCAAAUGUUUUAUGUGGAAGCUAAUGAAGCCGAUUUAUGGAUGAAAGAAAAAUAUACAAUAUUCACAUCAAAUGACAAUGGAAAAGAUGAAGAUUCGGUACAAUCAUUGCAGAAAAAACUAGAUGCUAUUCAAAGAGAAUUAAAUACUUUUGGAAAUUCAAUUGACAAAGUCGAAAAACUAGCUUCGGGAUUAAUUGAAAGAAAACAUUUUGAUAGUGAAAAUAUCAAAAAUAAAAACGACGCAAUUCAAAGUUUAUAUGAAGAAUUGAAAAAAUUAGGGAAACAACGUGAAAUACGGUUAAUUGAAAGUAAAAAGCUGUACAAAUUUUUACGUGAAAUUGAAGAAGUACACGAAUGGAUUGCUGAUCAAAUGGCUGUAACGGCUUCCGAAGACUAUGGUGAAGAUGUAGAGCAUAUAGAACAAUUAAUAGUGUCAUUUGAAUCAUUCGUUUUGAAUUUGACAGCGAAUGAAAAUAGAAUCAGUUUUGCAGUAGAAAAGGGUGAAAAAUUACUAUCCGAAAAUAAUCUGUACGCUACAACUAUUAAAACAAAGGUAGCAGAAACUACUCAAUUGUGGGAGGAAUUGAAAGAAUUGGUUAAUGCCCGACAAGAAGCACUCGCUGGAGCAAAACAGGUUCAUGUAUAUGAUCGACGGGCUGAUGAAACUAUUUCCUGGAUUGGUGAAAAAGAUACAGCCCUUUCAACAGAAGAUUACGGUCAAGAUUUGGAAACAAUUCAAGCCCUUGUUCGGAAACAUGAAAUUUUCGAAACUGAGUUGGGAGCUGUAAAAGAACAAGUUGAUGCUGUUGCUGAAGAGGCAAAACGCUUAGCAGAGAUAUAUCCGGAUGCAAAAGAGCAUAUUGAAGUUAAGAGAGAUGAAACUAAUGAAAUGUGGACAGAGCUGCUAGAGAAAACAUCGGCCCGAAAGGAGAAACUCAAACAAGCUGAACAGCUUCAAGCAUACUUCGAUGAAUAUCGUGACCUAAUGGCUUGGAUAAAUGAAAUGAUUGCUAAAAUAACAGCCCCAGAUUUGGCAAUGAAUAAUGUUGAUGCAGCUGAAGCACUUUUGGCUCGGAUUAAAGAGCAUCGAACAGAAAUUGACUCACGAAAUGAUGGAUUCGAGAAUUUCUAUGCAAACGGACACCGUAUAAUUAAUGAAAAACAUUUCUUAUCGUAUGAAAUUCAAGACAAAAUCAAUGUUUUAAAGCAGCGCUACGAAUUAUUAGAAAAUACGUUACGAAAACGUCAUGAAAUUUAUGAAUUGAAUUUGGACACACAACUUUUCUUACGCGAGGCUCAAGUAUUAGAAGGUUGGAUAUAUAGCCGUGAGCCACAGUUAAAAGAUCAUAAAAUGGGUGACAGUAUUGUGCAAGUUGAAGAACUAAUAAGACGUCAUGAAGAUUUUGAAAAGACAGUAGACGCACAAGAAGAUAAGUUCCAAGCAUUGAAACGUAUAACUUUGCUGGAAAGUUUAUUCAAAAAACAAAAAGAAGAUGAGUUGGCGGCAAAACGAGCUGAAAAAGAACGAAUUGAGAAAGAACGUCUAGAGACAAUAAAACAAAAGGAAGUUCAGCGUAUAACGGAAGAACGUCGAAGAAAUGAUAAAUCGAACAUUACGCAUAAUUUAUCAUUAGAUGCAGAUGAUACAUACAAAGUUAUGCCAAUUCCAUUACAACAAUCAGCUUCUCAUGGCUCAGUUGCCACUACGAACAAUACAAACAACAGCCAUAAUGCUGUCCAAAAAUCUAGUUCUAUUGUGAAUUUGUUUGGAGAUCGUUUACGACGUGGUUCCGAUUCAGGGAGUGUUAAGCGUGCUGAAAGUAUGAAAAUUGGUCCAAAAAUUCCAAAACGAACCCCUUCGUUUACAACACGUCGAAGAGCACAGAGCUUCCGAAAAAAUCAACAUGCUGAUCAAUUCGAUUUGCCACCGGUUGAAAUUCAAGGGCAUUUAGAACGAAAACACGAAUUACAAUCAGGCGGAAAGAAAGCACCUGUACGAUCAUGGAAACCACUUUACACAGUAUUGUGUGGCCAAUUGCUUUGUUUUUUCAAAGAUGAGGAAGAUUUCUUUCAAAAAAAAGCGGCUGCAUCUCCGGUUAAUAUAUUAAAAUCUCGAUGUGAAAAAGCAGAAGAUUAUACAAAGAAGAAAAAUGUUUUCCGACUACAUUUACCUGAUGGGUCAGAAUUUUUGUUUUUAACUGCAAAUGAAGAUGAAUGUUCGGACUGGAUAAAUAAAAUAUCUUUUCAUGCAUCAUUACCGCCAAACUUACAACUAACUCCAUAUCAGGUAAAGGUAUUUUAUAUAUAUUAUUAUCUCAAUGUAUUUAUAAUAACAUUAUUAUUAUGCAAUAUAUUAUAUCUAUACGUUAACGGAACAAACAAAUGCAAAUUCACCUAUUACCAGAAACAAAUUCACAGUCAAAUUUGAGGUUGGACUUGUGUGUGCAAUGAAAGGAAAAGAGAGAGAAAGAGAAAAAAAAUCAGUUGAAAAUCUGACAUGGAUCAACAUAAAUAAAUUAUUCAAUAUGCUCAGUACUCACCUAUACGGGUCCCUUACCUCCGUACUAUACUUGCACCGCUACAAAACAUACAACAAGGCCACAAAAUAGUCAAGCCUAGAUAUGCUAAUUAAUCGAUUUCAAUGGUGCCGUUUGUCAGUUGUUUUUUUUUUUUUUUGCAUUCAGUACAUUCAGUGCAUUCUCUACAGAUCUACUCGAAUCAGGCACUAGUACGUCAAACAUUCGACAAACUACUGUGAACAAAAACAAUGAACAAAAUCUAUUAUUCAGCAGAAAUUAUUGAAAUAUUAAUAAAUUUUUGUAGGUAACUUCAACCUUGACACCUGAUAGUAACCACUGCAAAUAAUUAUUGCACGUUCUAUUUGCAAAUCACGUUUGCUUACAGUAUUUAUAAUUAUAUCCGGUAGUCCAGGAAUCGGUUUCGCUUUGAAAUCGUAGUACACUUUAAAUCCUUUUGUGUUUACAGGAAAUCGUUCUUGGCGAUUCGCUCAUGUGAAUGGUUAAGAAUGAUAAUGAAACUUAAUUUUUGUUCAAACUGGAGUGUCCCGCAGAAUUAUUUCAAAUGAAAGUGUCCCGAAUAUUUGUUUCAAACUAAAAUGUCCCUACAAAAAAGAUUCAUGCAAAUUUUCCUAAGUGCCAUUUUCAUUUGCAAUAAAUUUGAGGAACACUUCGAUUGUAAACUUUUUUUUGAG